CCGCGAUAGCACUAUAAUACUCAAUACACACAUAUUGGUUCUAUUCGUCUUCGGGUGGAGACCAAACGAAUUUUGUCUCUGGAUCUUUUUGCGUAUUAGUAUAUUUUGAGAACAUUGUGUGGUAAGGAUUCAGUUUUGAUGCCGACGAAAACAGUAGUGAUCGAAUGGGCGCGUAUUGCAUGAAGAAAAAAUUGUGAAGCGAAGCCAUUUGUCGAAUUUCUUAGUUCUUUUAAACGAGAAUUUCAUCGUAAUUAUUUUGUGUUCAAAACAAAAACGUAAUCGAAGCAUUGGAAUUACAAUUAUUAUAAAUUUAAUACACGACGACGACGACGCCGGUUGUAGGCGUAUAUAGUUCCAAGGCCAUGAUUGCUGGAAAUUCUCAGGAGAGAAAGCCGACCGAUGUGCCGGCUUUGUAUUUUUGUACCGGAUUUGUUUUAUUAAUCUUCGGUGGCUUCGUUGGAUAUGCUCUCUUUAAUGCAAGCAUUUUCAGACUAAUUAAUGGAAUAGAUGAUUGCGGCAAUGUUUGCGGCAGAACGAAUGACGACAACACAAUAAACUUUUGCGGAUCGAACAACAAAGUGGAACUACCUUUCACCUUGGUCUUGUAUACGAAAGAUCCUACGAAUCCGAACAACACCAUCAGCCAUUCGACGUGUGUGAAAAGUUGUAAUAGUCCUGAAUAUGUGGAAAUCGUCAAUCGUUGUUUCUUGCGGUCCAACGGAACUGACACAUCGUCAGUCAACGACAAGGCAUUUCUACAUACAAUAAGCAACGAUUUGGUUCAUUCAUGGUCACCAAUAUUAAUAUCGUGCGUUGUGGCACUUAUAUUCUCGUACAUCUUGCUCAUUCUCUUCCGCUAUGCGAUAAAAUAUGUAAUUUGGGUCAUUUACAUCGGACUCAUCGUUUUGCUGGUUGUCGGUGCCAUUGUCUUCACCGUGUUUUACUUUAAAGCCAAAAGUAGUGAUCCAGAGUCACAACCUGCGGGCUUUUUGGCAGUGGCAGGAGUUCUGGCCUUACUCGCAUUGAUUUUGGGAUUUAUCAUUUUUAUGGUCAGAAGACGAAUCCGUUUAGUUGUUCAGCUUUUCAAAGAAGCGUCGAAAACAUUGGGAGAUGUACCGUUGAUUGUAUUGGAACCGUUGCUCACGUUCCUGGCUAUGGGAUUAGCAACAGCUGCAUUUCUGUACUUUUAUGUUAUGAUCGAAAGUUCCGGCAAGUUAAAGUCAGAAAACGACGAAAACGGAAAAUUCUUCAAAGCCUUAUACGUCAAAGAUAUCGGUUGUCACGGUGCUUAUUACAUCAAUUUGGUUGCAUAUAUUUGGUUCACCCAAUUCAUUCUUGGUUGUCAACAUUUCGUUAUCGCUUCAACCGUUAGCCAAUGGUUUUUCGCACGCACUAAAAGUAAGCUGGACUCGCCGAUAAGCCGGGCUUUCCAUCAUUUAUUGCGCAUCCACAUCGGUUCGAUUUGUCUGGGAUCCAUUUUCAUCACGAUUGUUAAAAUAAUUAGGAUGCUUGUUGAAGGCGCAACGAAUUCCAUGAGAAACUCUGAUAGUGCGUUCGCGAAGGCUGUCGCAUGCUGUUGUGAGUUCAUCGUAGAACAACUCGAAAGGCUACUGAAAUAUCUUGUUCGAAAUGCUUAUAUCAUUGUCGCUCUGGACGGGACACCUCUAAUUGAAUCUGGACAGAAAGCGUUCCGACUGCUCACAGAGAAUCUAAAAGACGUGCUGACUUUGAACCAUGUAGGGGACUUUGUUCUCUUCUUGGGUCGUAUAUUCGUAACUCUUAUUGCCGGCUUCAUCAGCUACGAAGUUGCUAGCCGAAACGAUAGCAUCGAGUUCAAAUUCAUACCGAUCAUAUUGUCAGUCAUAUUGGCCUUCCUCAUCAUUCACUGUUUCAUGACCGUUUACGAGAUGACACUGGACACUAUUUUCAUCUGUUUCUGUGUCGAUUGUGAACAGAAUGACGGCCAAUCGCGUCCCUACUUCAUGAGUCGUAAAAUGAUGGAAGUGAUGAUGGAACUGAAAGGGGAAGCUGGCGGUGAAUUCACCAAUUUUGGUGCAUUCAAACAUGUUGAUGCCUCAGCAAUGCCAAUGAUGCCGUACGGACAAGUUGAGAAUGGGAAGACGCGGCCAAUGAUACCACAAAAUUAUCAAUUUUUCACAGCAAGCUAAGAUACUCACUAAAUUCAUUGAUAUAAAUAGAGAUACAUAGAGAUGGAGAGAGAGAGAGAGAAACAUGAAAAAUUAAUGAAAGUAAUUGUAACAAACAAUAAUUAUGUGUGCCUACAAAAUGCGACAAAAGUUGCAAGCAAAAAACUUAUUUUCUGAAGUGUCCGCUGGUUUAUAUGUUUUAAAAUAUAAUCUGUACCAAUUCCAA